AUGUCCGUGAGCAAAUUCGGUACACCUCUAAAAAACCGCGGCUACGACGCGAGAACCGGAAGACUACGUCCGGCUAUCGAGUCUCUACGAAAUUACGUGCGCGAUAACGCGCUGUGUCUAACCUCUUCCGUCGAGUACGACGCGAAAGAGCGCAAGAUAAAACGCCUGGCUAAGCCGGAGGAGGACGCCGACGCGACGAGCAAAAGCUAUGUUGAAGGAAUCACGUCGCAAUUGAGAAAAGACGCGGACGAGGCAGGGAAAGGCGUCAUUCUACUAUUCACGAGACUCACCCAGCUCGAUAACGCUCUGGGUAAACGAAUAGACGCCGCGGAGAGUUUUGUUUCCAAGAUCGAAGCACGCGACGACGUUCUGAGUAAAAUUCGGUUCGCCGUGGAAAAUUCCGUUUCGAGAACAGAAUCGAACGCUAACACUCUAGAUAAACGGAUCGAUGCUUUGGAUAAACGGAUCAACGCUUUAAGUAAUCGGAUCGAUGCCGCAAAAAAUACGAUAUCGCUCAACGCGGUGGAGUCUUCGACGAAAAGCGCAAGCGACCGUAAAAUACUGUUCAAUCAGGCUUGGGCCCAACCGCUUAAAAGCAAGAGCGCGAACGAGGUUACCCGAGCGUUAUCCGAGAUAGUGCGAGACUCUAAGCGGUGUCCGAAAAAUCUGCAGACCGACAAAGGAAAGGAAUUCUACAACGCCGAGGUGCGAAAAUUCGCGGAAAAGCGCGAAAUGAAUCAUUACUCGACGUACUCGGUGAUGAAGGCGUCGAUCGUCGCACGAUUCAAUCGCACGCUCAAAAAUUCUACGUGGAAGUAUUUCACGCUGAGCGGAACGUACAAGUGGAUCGACGAAUUACCUCGACUCGUCGAGGAGUACAACACGCGAAAUCAUCGCACUAUAGGUAUGAGACCCGUCGACGAGACUCCAGCGAUCGCCAAUAAACUUUCAAAUACGGUAUACAGCAAUAUAAAAAUCGCGGCUCCGGCGAAAUUCAAAGUAGCUAAUCCGGUACGCAUCAGUAAGUUUAAGACGAUCUUCGAGAAAGGCUUCAUACCUAACUGGACCACCGAGAUUUUUCAAAUAACCAAGAUACAACGGACUAAUCCCGUAACGUAUCUGCUGAAGGAUUAG